GCAGCGAGUUGCAGUUAAACGCAACGACUGAAGAGAGUGGAGGAGAGGAGGAAGGAGGAGGAUGAUGGGAGCGAGUAUUACAGCGUAUAAGUGACCCAUAUCUUACAGUUAGACCCACAUAUUAUUAUCUAGGCUAGUUCUUGUACUCGAGGAUUUUUCUCCACCAAGAUGUCGGCGUCUGCGAUAUUUAUCCUCGAUCUGAAGGGAAAGGUGCUGAUCUGCCGCAACUACAUGGGCAACAUGGACAUGAAUGAGAUUGACCACUUCAUGCCCAUCCUGAUGAAGAGGGAAGAAGAGGCUGAGAUGACGCCGCUGGUCAGCCAUGGCUCUGCACACUUCAUGUGGAUCAAGCACAGCAACCUUUAUUUGGUCGCAAUGACCAAGAAGAAUGCCAAUGCUGCUCUGGUGUACUCCUUUCUUUAUAAAAUCAUCCAGGUAUUUAAGGAGUACUUUAAAGAACUCGAGGAGGAGAGCAUUCGUGACAACUUUGUGACGGUGUACGAGCUGAUGGACGAAGUGAUGGACUUCGGCUUCCCUCAGACAACUGACAGCAAGAUCCUACAAGAGUACAUCACCCAGCAGGGUCAUAAAUUGGAGGUCGGGGCACCUCGACCUCCUGCCACCGUCACCAACGCCGUGUCAUGGCGGUCAGAGGGCAUCAAGUACAGGAAGAACGAAGUUUUCAUGGACGUCAUUGAGUCAGUAAAUCUACUGGUGAGUGCCAAUGGCAGCGUCCUGCGCAGUGAAAUAGUGGGCAGCAUUAAGCUCAAAGUUGUCCUGUCGGGGAUGCCUGAGCUCAGACUGGGCCUCAACGACAAAGUGCUGUUUGAAAUCACAGGCAGAGAGAAGAGCAAGACAGUGGAGCUGGAGGAUGUGAAGUUCCAUCAGUGUGUCCGUCUGUCACGCUUUGAGAACGACCGCACCAUUUCUUUCAUCCCCCCUGACGGCGAGAGCGAGCUCAUGUCCUACCGCCUUAACACUACAGUGAAGCCUCUCAUAUGGAUUGAGAGCGUGAUUGAGAAGUUCUCUCACAGCCGUGUGGAGAUCAAGGUGAAGGCUCGGAGUCAGUUUAAGAGUCGGUCCACCGCCAACAACGUGUCCAUUAUGGUGCCAGUGCCCAGUGAUGCUGACUCACCCAAGUUCAAGACCAGCACGGGCAGCGCCAAGUGGGUGCCAGAGAAGAACGCGGUGCAGUGGAACAUCAAGUCUUUCCCUGGUGGUAAGGAGUACAUCAUGCGGGCACACUUUGGGCUGCCCAGCGUGGAGAGCGAUGAACUAGAGGCGAAGAGACCAAUCACAGUUAACUUUGAGAUUCCGUAUUUCACUGUGUCGGGAAUUCAGGUGCGUUACCUAAAGAUCAUAGAGAAGAGCGGUUACCAGGCAUUGCCAUGGGUGCGUUACAUCACACAAAGUGGAGGUGAGAAAAUAACACACCAAAACAGACUUACACAGAAAACACACACUGAUAAUGUGUGAUUGCAUUCAGAUAGG